CCCACCCCACCCCCUCUCUCUGCCUUCCUUCCCUUCCUCUUCCUUCUCCUCCCUGCUCCCCUCCUCCUCCUCCAAGCUACAGAACAUUCUGGAAGCAAAUCUUGCAGCCUGAGGACAUGAGAAACAAACCCCCACCCUCUUAAGUCUCUGGUAGAAACUCUCCAAGGCCAGGUACCCUUCCCCCACUUAGCUCAUUCUGCUGAGCUAGGAGACACCAUGGAAAGCCUUCUUGUGCCCCCUCCCCUCCCGGAGGACCCUGACAUCAGGACUUCCCCCUCCCCCGGGGACAUUUCCCAAUCCUGAUUAAUCACAGGGCCGGCCCCAGGGAGGAGGAAGAUCUCUAUGGCUUACCAUAAAGAAGGCCAGGCGCCCAGCAUCAGGCCGCUGGACCUACGCCCAAGGCCAUGAAGCUGGGACUCACCUUGGUGUUGCUCUCUCUGCUGGCAGGUCACUGUGGAGCUGAAACUCGCGCCGUGGGAGCCAGGGAGUGCCAGCCCAACUCUCAGCCCUGGCAGGCCGGCCUCUUCUACCUCACCCGGCAGAUCUGCGGAGCCACGCUCAUCAGUGACCAAUGGCUGCUCACAGCUGCCCACUGCCGCAAACCGUACCUGUGGGUCCGCCUUGGGGAGCAUCAUCUGUGGCAGUGGGAAGGCCCCGAGAAGUUGUUUCUGGUCACAGAUUUCUUCCCCCAUCCUGGCUUCAAUCCGGAUCUCUCAGCCAACGACCACAAUGAUGAUAUUAUGCUGAUCCGGCUACCCAGGAAGGUCCGGUUGAAUGCAGCUGUGCAGCCCCUCAACCUCACCCAGAGGCUGCCAGCCGUGGGCUCCCAGUGCCUCAUCUCUGGCUGGGGCAGUGUGUCCAGCUCCAAAAUACAGUACCCAAUGACACUGCAGUGUGCCAACAUCAGCAUCCUGGACAACAAGCUUUGUCGCUGGGCAUACCCAGGCCACAUCUCAGAGAAGAUGCUGUGUGCUGGCCGGUGGGAGGGAGGCCGAGGCUCCUGUCAGGGUGACUCUGGGGGACCCCUAGUGUGCAACAGAGCCCUGACAGGUAUAGUGUCUGGGGGAUCUGAGCCUUGUUCCAGACCUCAGAGACCUGCUGUCUACACCAGCGUAUGGCACUACCAGGACUGGAUUGAAAAAUCUAUAGAAGAAAACUGAGUCCAUGCCAAGGACAGACUGAGAAGAAGAUACUGCA